CGCUACCUUGUCGCCCGCACUUUCGUCGGUUCUCGUCUUCUGCAAAACAGUCGCUCGCUUCGCCCCCUUCAAACUCCGCGGUUUAGAUCCGAGGAGUUUGGUGAGAUCCCUGUCUUUCUCUCUCUUUCUCGCUACGGCGACCGUCUCCAGCAUCACUCAGUCAUGGCAGGCUUGGUACCAGAAGGAUCUCAGUUCGAUCCCCGUCAGUAUGAUACUAAGAUUAAUGAGCUGACAACUGAAGGGCAAGAAUUUUUCACUUCUUAUGAUGAGGUUUUCGAGAGUUUUGAUUCGAUGGGUUUGCAGGAAAACCUUCUCAGAGGAAUCUAUGCUUAUGGUUUUGAGAAGCCUUCUGCCAUUCAACAAAGGGGAAUUGUGCCAUUUUGUAAGGGUCUUGAUGUGAUUCAACAGGCUCAAUCUGGAACGGGAAAAACCGCAACUUUCUGUUCUGGAAUCUUGCAACAACUUGACUAUGAUGUUGUUCAAUGCCAGGCGCUAGUUUUGGCCCCGACUAGGGAAUUGGCUCAACAAAUUGAGAAGGUCAUGCGAGCAUUGGGUGACUAUUUGGGUGUGAAGGUUCAUGCUUGCGUGGGUGGAACAAGUGUUCGGGAGGAUCAGCGUAUUCUUCAAAGUGGCGUGCAUGUUGUUGUGGGCACCCCUGGCCGUGUUUUUGACAUGCUGCGAAGACAGUCACUUCGGCCUGAUUAUAUCAAAAUGUUUGUGUUAGAUGAAGCUGAUGAAAUGCUUUCACGCGGAUUCAAAGAUCAGAUCUACGACAUUUUCCAGCUGCUGCCAGCAAAGAUUCAGGUUGGUGUAUUUUCGGCUACAAUGCCACCAGAGGCCCUUGAGAUCACUAGGAAAUUCAUGAACAAGCCUGUUAGAAUUUUGGUGAAGCGUGAAGAGCUCACCCUUGAGGGUAUCAAGCAGUUCCAUGUCAACGUCGAGAAGGAAGAAUGGAAGCUGGAAACGCUGUGCGACCUCUAUGAAACCCUGGCCAUCACCCAGAGUGUCAUUUUUGUCAAUACUAGGCGCAAAGUGGACUGGCUGACUGACAAAAUGCGAAGCCGAGACCACACUGUCUCUGCUACUCAUGGUGACAUGGACCAGAAUACUCGUGAUAUAAUCAUGCGGGAGUUCAGGUCUGGGUCUUCUCGGGUUCUCAUCACCACCGAUCUCUUGGCUCGUGGAAUUGAUGUGCAGCAAGUCUCCCUUGUCAUAAAUUAUGAUCUGCCGACCCAACCAGAGAAUUACCUACAUCGUAUAGGACGAGGUGGACGUUUUGGAAGAAAAGGUGUCGCCAUAAACUUCGUGACAAGGGAUGAUGAGAGGAUGCUGUUUGAUAUACAAAAGUUCUACAAUGUGGUCAUCGAAGAGCUACCAUCGAAUGUGGCUGAUCUCCUUUAAAGAGGUGUUUUGGUCCUUGUGACGAGGGAAAUUUUUCCAUCUCUUUAAGCGGUCUUUGUUGCUCUUUUGUUUCAGUAACUUAAGUUACUUUGCUAAGUCAAUGUGACCAUUUAAUUGUAUGGGAGGCUCAAUUGCGUUAUCCCUGCAGCUCGUGUUGCCUGAAGGGUUUGAUUUUGUACGGUCUUUUUCGCAGUGUUGUCGAAAAGUUAUGUAGUAGGUUGAACCAAGUGCAUCUGCUUUGAUA